GUGUUAGGUUCUUCCUUUUUUUUUCUCUGUGGUGUUUCCAAUUCGAGAAUAUAUCUCUGAUAGUAAAAAAAUUAAUAUAAAAACCAAUAAUAUUCGAGGAUAUUUUUCAUUUAAGAAAGUUGCAUCCUUGUGUUCGUAGCUCGUUCAUAGCUCCCACAGUGUAUAUGAGUGUGUUGAAAAUAAAACAAGAAGAAAUAAAAUAUUUCUUAACCAACAAAAGUUUUUUAUGGCCGAAAGGCACAAAAUAAAGUAAAAAAUAAAUAAAAUUAUUAAAAAAAAAAUAAGAAAAUUAUCCUUUUUUACUGGAAACUCAUAUCCUUUGAUGGUGCGGUUAAAGUGAAUAAAGUUGAGUUAUUUUUCUUUGAUCGGCUGAAUAUUUGUUGUUAUUUUUCGUCUUCUGAGGUUUUUUUGAAGGAAAGUUUAUCCUGUGUCCAUUAAAAAGCUUCAUUGGCUUGAAUAUUUUUCAAAAAAAGAAAGAAAAGAGAAAAUAAAAUCAAAUAAAAUCUAACGCAAGGUGAAAGUGUGUGAAAUGGACAAUGUGUGACACCAGGACAUGGGUGUUUAAGCUUCUUAUAGUCUUUAUAGUAAUACACUUUUCAUGGAUUCAACAAUGUUAUGGUGUGAAUGCAGCAGCAGCUUCUGGUGCAAGUGGAACAUCUACUGGCCUGGAUGCCAUUGCCAGAGGAUCUGCUAUUGAUACUGCAGAUAUUUCCAUCGAUGACGAUGACGAUGAUGAUUCCUUUGAAGAAGUAACUUCAUCUCCAGAGGAUACGCUAUCGAGAUCUCAAAGGACCAAUUUCAACUCGACUUUCAAUAGCAGACAGCAGAAGGACGAAACUCUCAUCGUUCAGUCUUCGUUAUCAUCGUCCUCGUCCUCCGAUAGAGCUACUGCCAAUAGAUUGCCAACAGAUGAGGCAGCUAACAUCGAUAAGGAGAACGAUGCUGAGGCCGAUGCUGCUGAUGCUGAUGAUGAUGGAUCCAAUGAAGAAUUCAUCACAAACCAGCGGAAAUUUAAUAAUGAAGGAGCAGCAGCCCAGCGAAAGGAGUCUGAGGAAUCAUCAAAAAGAUCAUCGAUUCUAAAUAUCCUGCAAGGAGUUGAUUACAUAGGAGAUUCCAUCGCUGCCCCAAGUACUCCUCAGUCGACUUCAGUGGCACUGCCGCAACAGCCGCAGUCGUGGAAUGGGAAUGGCAAUACCAACAAAGGUGGUCCCGAAGACGAUAAUGAUGAUGAUGAAGAUGUGGAUGAGAUUCUUCAGCCGAUGGUAAUGGCAUCGGAUAAGCAUCAUUACCAUUCGAAUAAUGGUGGACGUGUGAUGAACUCAGGAGGAGUUGGUUAUCCAAUCGAAUAUAAUCCGAAUCGUAAUGAGGAGUCAAGUGGGUCAAACAAUCCGAAGGAAACUCCGGUAACGAACCGUGGAGGUUACACUUCAGCGUUUGAACAACACAAAGCCCUCAUCCGAAAUAGCAGACGCUACGGUCAUAAAAGUCACAAAAAGAAGUACAAGGAUUAUUUGCACUACAAUCCACCAACAACUGCAACAACACAUUUGCCACCAACAACAACCACCAUAAGUUCAAUGCGAAAAGGAUUCUUAGCUCGUGAUAGAAUUUUCAACUCUGACGAUAUACCAUCAAGACAAUAUUACGAAGGUCAUGUGAAUUACUACACCAAUACCGAUGAUGAUAAUUUUGCAGAUAGUGAUAAAAAAGAUCAAAAUUUCAGAAGUUACCACUCGCCAAAUCGUCAACAACAUCAUAAUUCACAUCAUUUACGUACUGGUGGACGUUAUAGGCAUGUAGGUGUAGCGGGUAAAACAAAUCGUCCCCAUUCUUCAGUGUAUCCUGAUUACAAUGGAAUGAAUAUCCACCAUCUUGGAUCAAGGGCCAUGCAAAAGCAUCAAAAAGAACUUGAAAAGAAGAUUGAAGAAUACUCACAGUAUUAUGCCAAAUGGCCACAUCUUGCUCAAGUUGAAGAUCAGCUGUUUGAAGAUGAACACGCUGAUAUGUUGUACCCCGAAGAAGGUGGUUCAAGUCCUGGAGAAUUAGUUCUCUCCUCUGACAAUGAUGAUGAUGAACAGAAAUCAGCUAAGAAAGAAGAGGAAGAUCCAAAUCUCCCACCAUACAUCAAAAAAUAUCGUCGUCGCAACAAACAGCUGAUGGAUCUUCUAGAAGGCACGAAGCCUCCAUCAACCCAAGCACCACAAUGGUCUAGCUCGGUUCUGAAGCCAGGUCCAAUAGAUGGAAGCUAUCAAAACCACCACCAUCAACAUCGGAAGCAUCACAAUCAUCGACAACAUCGAAACCAUCAGCGUUCACAUCGACACAAGAACUCCAAAUGGCAAAUUGAAGAUCUGUUCGAAGAGCAACGCGCCAAUCCGAAUAAUCCAAAUAAAACAACAGUCUACAGCGAAGUAGCUAAGCCAACGCCAUCUGUUGUUGACAGUAGUCGAAGUACUAUUACAUCAACGACUACGACGACUACACAACCAACUACUCUCUCGCCGUUUGACGAACUUCUCAAGCACGAAAACGAACACCUGAAACUUCUGCAAGAGAACAAGUUACCAGCUGAAGAUGUCAGUAUUUCGCGAGAACUCUACGACUGGGCGAUAGACACCAGUAAUGAUCAACCUCUUGAUCAGGAGUUCAAUAACGACGAUGAUGACAAUGAGGAAUAUAUUGAUCUAAAUCAUAGUCGACUGCAUCGAUGGAAGACCUCCAAUCGUAAUGCCAGUCCCAUAAAAUACCCCACAACAACAACAAGACGUCCAGUGGCUUCAGUAAGAAGACCUAAUGCCGUCUAUGGUUCUAUUAUUAGAUCACCGCCCACAAGUACGGCUAGACCCAUAAAUUCGUUUGUCUAUCAUAGAGUAGUUGAAUCGCCGAGAGCGGUUGGGGCCGGACAAACAGGCCGUAAACAACGAUUACCCUUUGUUGCGAUAACUGAUAGGCGCUUAGAAACCUCACGUAAGGGCAUGGGUAAUGCUGGAGUACUCGCCCGCAAAGACUUUGAACAGAAUCACUUUCCGAUGCCUUAAAAGAUAAACAAAAAUUAAAUAAAAA